AUGGUAUCGAACACCGAUCCAGACGUUGCCAGGCUGAUGGCGUUCGUGCGACGUCCCUACAGGAUGCUGGGGCUGGACGUGCUAGACCCAACCUGGAAGAUCUCCGUCCUCACGUUGUUCUCAGCUUUCAUAUUCAUCAUGCAGCAAUUAGCAGCCGUCAAGUUUUUAGUCACUCACCUGGACUCGUUCGACAUAGCGUCAGAAUGUCUCGCGUUGUCGGCCAUCGGAUGUGAGAUCACGCUCCGGAUGAUUCUGUUGCUGUACUUUCGAGAUAUGCUGCGUGACACGGUCGAUGCUGUUAGCAACCAGAAUGACCUGUUCAGGAACAGCGAAAGCUUCAAGCGGCUUUCAAAGGAGUUCUGUCAGGUGGCGUUCCGGUCGGUGCGUGCCGUCGGGCUGAUAUACUCCUCCACGGCGACGUUUCAACUGAUACCGAUCUUUUUUCCUGAUCCACGCAAGAACAAUCUGCCACUAGCGUUCAGCCUACCAUUCAUACCGUCCGAUGUCGCACCAUAUUGGCACGUGAACUACGUCUUCGAUGUAUUCGUCAAUGUCAUGGGUAUUCUGUUUAUGGUGGGAAGCGACGGUAUGCUGAUCAUGUGCAUUCUGGCCGUGGUUUACCAGAUCAAAGGGCUGAAGCAAUCCCUGCAAGAGCUUGACACUGGUGCAGAACCGGAACACUUGCGCCAAGAGCUGGCGUACCUCGUGAGGACACACAUGGCCAUCAAGCGGUUCAUGAGCCAGAUGGAGCAGAAAUACAAAUUCGAUCUUCUGAUCCUCUUUGGGCUUGUCUCGAUCGUGCUGUGUAUGGGCAUGAACGUGAUCGCGGAUAACAUCUGUCAGCCAUUUACGCUCUUUCUGACAGCUGCCACUUUUCAGCUAGCUCUGCUGUGUUUUGGAGGUAAUCUGCUCCUGAUCGAGAGCGACUCCCUGGCGGACUACAUGUACUCGAUCGACUGGAGCGUGAUGCCUGUUUCAGAGCAGAAAACGCUGAUGGUGAUGAUUGCCCACGCACAGCCUCCGAUGGCGAUGAAUGCCAUCUUCAUGCCGCUUGCCAUGUCGAGUUUCAUUUCGGUGAUGAAGGCGAGCUACUCUUACUACACUAUUCUUCACUAA